AAUUACUAUGAUAGCACGUCUCAAGUCGGAAUCCGCUGUGACUUCGUUGCUGCGGCCUUCAAUCUCUGGAUCACUAACUUGGAGGAAUUUAUUCACUCUCCCUUCUUUGGAACUGGACUGCAAUCUAGCCCGCCAGGAGGGCAAGGGUCGCCUGCUGCUGCUGCUGCUGCUGCUGCUGCUGCUGCUGCUGCUGCUGCUGCUGCUACUGCUGCUGCUGCUGCAGCUGCUUGCUUCCCCGUCCUUAUCUCAGGCGGCCCGUGCAGCUAAACAAACUCUGCUGGAGGUCUUGAUAGGCAAAUUUGUGAGCCCCUAUCUAGGAGCUCAAGCCAACUCCCCCCAACCCCCACUUGCCUGUGUUCCCCUCCGGCGCCCCCGAAAGCGCAGCCUCGGGCAGCGCUGGGCAGGUUCGGACCCCCCUCCGGCGACCUCUCGGCGAGCCUGUGCCCUAACCGCCGUCUUUAGCUGGACCGCGGCCGCCCAGGGAAGAGUCGAGCCCGAGGACCGACCGGGCCCGGUCUCCAUCGGCAGCAGCGGCUUUCGGAGGAGCUCGCUCCGGCAACUCGGGCACCGGGUCCUCCAGCCGCGAAGAUGUCGGCCCCCAACGUCAGCUUGCUGCGCGAGACUUCCCGGCAGGUCGUGGCCGGAGGGGCUGCAGGUCUUACAGAAAUUUGCCUGAUGCACCCUCUGGACGUGGUGAAAACCAGGUUCCAGGUUCAGAGAAGUAUAACGGACCCACAAAGUUACAAAAGCUUAGGUGACAGCUUCCGGAUGAUCUUCCGAACAGAGGGGUUUUUUGGCUUUUACAAAGGAAUUCUACCACCCAUUUUAGCUGAAACACCAAAAAGAGCUGUCAAGUUUUCCACCUUUGAGCAGUACAAGAAAUUGCUGGGAUCUGUGUCACUAUCACCGGGGCUGACAUUUGCCAUUGCUGGACUUGGAUCUGGACUAACAGAAGCCGUUGUGGUCAACCCUUUCGAGGUGGUAAAAGUUGGUUUGCAGGUCAAUAGGAACACAUUCACAGAGCAACCAUCUACUUUUGCUUAUGCAAGACAAAUCAUUAAGAAGGAAGGCUUGGGGCUCAGGGGCCUGAACAAAGGAUUUACGGCAACUCUGGGACGUCAUGGAAUUUUCAACAUGGUUUAUUUUGGCUUCUACCACAACGUCCGAAACAUGAUUCCAGCUAGUAAGGAUCCAACCUUGGAGUUUUUGAGAAAAUUCGGGAUUGGUUUUGUCUCGGGGACAAUGGGCUCAGUCUUUAACAUCCCCUUUGAUGUGGCCAAGAGUAGGAUCCAAGGGCCCCAGCCAGUUCCUGGAGAGAUCAAGUACAGAAACUGCUUUAAAACAAUGGCGACGGUCUACCAGGAAGAAGGGAUUUUAGCCUUAUACAAAGGUCUGCUUCCCAAGGUGAUGAGGCUUGGACCAGGUGGCGCGGUGAUGCUGCUGGUGUACGAAUACACCUACGAGUGGCUGCAGAAGAACUGGUGAUGGACGAAGAGGUGUUUUCCCCUUGACAUAACAGAGAUGUGGUCUGCAGUCCCAUGAAGAGGAGACAAGUCAGCGAAGCGAGACGUAAAGAAGGGAGGACAGCCUGUUCUGAUGUUUUAAGAAAGUUUUAGACAAAUUUACCUGGCCCUGUGGGCCAUAGACACAGCACUGUGAGAGGGAGAGGAGUGUGCAAGUUAGGCAAAAGUAGGGGAGAGAUCAGCUACACUUCAUAAAAGCUACACCAACUGUGUGACUCAGACUGCCCACAGUGAAAACUCAUCCAAUCAUUUUGCUGAGAAGGCUAUAAGCACUUAAAUCCUUGAAAAUACAUUGUUCUGUGGCUAAUUCCCUGAGAAUGAUUUAAGAAAAAAAAAAAAAGAUUGAGUUAAAAGCCAAACUUUAAAUGCUUUUUAUAAGGAAUUACUUUUCCAUAAAUCAUAUUUUAAAACAGAAGAAAGAAAAAAAUUAAAUACACCAAAACAGCCUUUCAAUAAUGUUUAGUUUUGUGAGUGCUGUGUUAAAAUGUGAAUCUACUGGUUUUCUUUAGUAAUGAUACACAGGGUCUAUUUUCCUAAGUGUAUUUUAUAUUUCAGGUGGUGGUUUAAGUGGGUUAUUUUUAAAUCAUGCUCUUUGAAGUCUUUUAUUACAAAUAGAAUACACGAUAUUAUACUAAACUGAUCUCCUUUAUGUAACUCACUUUGAAGACAAGUUUUAUGACCGAAAUAUCUUUAUUUUACGUCACAAAUUGAUGCACUCCUUGGACGCUUCCCUGUGCCUGUGUGUGCCUUCCCACACCUCUUCCUGAGCCCUUGCCUAUGCCAUUCUUAAAAAGGAUGUAGGGAAAUGAAACUAUUCUCCAGACUCUUGGGUUCAAGUGACAUCUUUAAAUAUGAAAUCAAUUGUCUAGAAUAUUAAAAUGUCUGUGAUAAAGGGAAAACCUUUCAAAAUGAAAAUACAUUCUUAGCAUUUCUAAGCAUUCAUGUAUUAAUAUGCACUCAAAAAAGAGAGAGAGAUAGCAUUUUGGUCUUGAUAUAACUAAAGCUUCUUCUUAAGUCUGCAUCCUCAAAUGAUACUAAUUCAGUAGCUAAAGUCAACAAAAAAAAUGUCAACAUGUUUUAGAUGUCACCUGUUCUUAACUACUACUGUGGGGUAUUUCUGCUAUGGGGGAUUCUCACCAAAACAUUUUGAAAAUAAACAGUAAAAAGGACAUGGUAAUUAUUUGUAUUUAUUAAUUUAGAGCAUUUGAAGUAUAAAAAUAAAAGGCUUUUGACAUACUGUAUAUACAUACAUA